CCUCCUUUCACUUUCGAUAUCAAUCCCAAACACAAGCAAACAGUGUCUAUUUUCGGCUGUUGACGUGUACACCCGCUCGCAUACGUCCGCAAACGCAUCGAAUUCAGCUGACCACGAAGAAGAUACAUUGCAAUAAUUGAUUUGAGGUGCUUUCAAUCUAAUCAACGCGGAGUGACCUCUUCCUACUACAGAGAGUGCGUGUGCAAAGGAGACAAUCAUGAUGAGACUACUGCAAACGAGAACAAUGCCGGUGGGAAGUCCCCUGCUGAAAAGAAUGCUCACCGCGGCCAGUAAUCCUCCUCUACCGGCUUUGCCACUGCCAAAACUGGCCGACACCAUGAACAAGCUACUCACGACAAUCGAGCCCCAUGUAACGAAAGAUGGCUAUCAGCGCAGUAAAUCGGCUAUCGAAAAGUUUUUGGCCCCCGGAGGAGACGGUGCCAAGCUGCAAAAAUUGCUGGAAGAGCGGGCUUCUGGCAAGAAGAACUGGCUCUCGGACUGGUGGCUGCAGUCGGCUUAUUUGCAGUAUCGUGAUCCGGUUAUUAUUUACUCCAGCCCUGGUUUGGUGUUCCCCAAGCUGAAGUACGCCAAGGUGGACGAUCAGCUAAAGUAUGCGGCCAAGAUCACGUUUGGAGCUUUGCUAUACAAGAGGAUGAUCGAUCGGGGACAGAUUGCCGCCGAAAAGAUGGGAAAAGCCCCGCUAGAUAUGUCUCAGUAUAACAAGAUCUUUGGAACAUGUCGAGUUCCUGGAAUGCCGGAGGAUUCGGUGCAGUACAAUCCGGACUCGACGCACAUCGUAGUUGCAUCGAAUAAUCAGUAUUUCAAGCUAGAGGUAGGAAAUUCCGAUAACAUCUUCGGGGAAGAUACGUUGCACAAGAUGUUGAGACAAUGUUACGAAAUGUCGCAACAGAAAGCUGAACCUGUUGGUAUGCUGACGGCGCUUCCUAGAGAUAGUUGGCAUGAGGCCUACGAGGUGCUGAUCGCCGAUCCAACCAACAAGGAAACAAUCAACACAAUUCAAAGUUCACUGUUUGUGCUGUCGUUAGAUUACGGAAUUGCAAAUCCCUCUGGAGAUGAUAAGAUUGAUGCCUGCCACUUGUUGAUCCACGGAGGUGGUUCAAGCGCAAAUUCUGGUAACCGAUGGUACGAUAAGACCUUGCAGCUUGUGGUCGGACCAAAUGGUGUUAAUGGACUGACCUACGAACAUUCCCCCGCGGAAGGCCAACCCAUCGCAGUGCUGACAGAUUUCAUCAUCAAUCACAUCGCUAAGGGAGAUCAAAAUGGUUCCAUCCGGGAAGCUUCUGCUCCGCAGAAACUGAGCUUCAACCUGUCGCCGAAGGCGAACGAACUUCUGCAGAAAGCUGCCGCCAGCCACGAUAAGCUGAUUGCCGAUCUGGAUAUGAAUUACCUGCACUACACCGGGUACGGUAAGAACUUCAUCAAGGCCCAAAAGAUGAGCCCGGACAGUUUCAUCCAGAUGGCAAUCCAGUAUGCCUUCUACAAGCUGCAUCGCGUACCCGGGGCCCACUACGAGUCGGCUCAAACGCGGAUGUAUGAAGCCGGCCGGACGGAAACCAUCCGGUCCUGUUCCAACGAAUCGGUCGCAUUCGCACAGAGCAUGCUGGAACCGUUCCGGAGCAACCGAGAGAAGGCCGCCAAACUGAAACUAGCAGUCGACGCACACAAGCAGUACGCUUCAAAGGCGGUUCAAGGUUUCGGUGUUGAUCGGCAUCUGCUCGGACUGAAGCUGAUCGCCAAGCAGAACAACAUCCCCUUGCCAGAUCUUUUCCAGGAUGAAGGCCUUCUGGCCAGCCAACAUAUGCGACUGUCCACCAGCCAGGUAGCUUCGCGGUACGAUGCAUUCAUGUGCUACGGUCCGCUGACCGGCGAUGGCUACGGAUGCUGCUACAAUCCCAAGAAUGAUGACAUGUGGUUCGGCAUCUCUUCGUGGACGUCCGAUCCGGCGACGAACACGGUGGCCUUCCGGAACUCUCUGCAGCAGGCACUGGACGAGAUGUUCGAGGUUCUGAGCGCGACCAGUGCACCGAGCAGUAAGCUGUAGGUAGGAUGUAAGGGGACUUGAUGGAAAGAGAUUAUGUGCAUGUUGAUAGGUAUUUACUUUUUAUUAGAAAAAAAAAACGGUGUUGGAAUAUUUA